AUGGAUAGUUGCACCAUAGGAAGUUGGAAUGUUAGGGGAUUGAAUAACAAGGAUAAGAAAGAUUCUGUGUUGGAGUUUUGCAAUGUGAAUAAAAUUGGAGCAGGGGGUUUAUUAGAAACUAAGUUGAAAGGGAAUAAAGUUCAGGAGUUGAUGGAUAAAAAAUAUGUUAACUGGGAUUUCUUUACUAGCCCAACUGUUGAGGGCCAUAGGAAGAAUCUGUUGCAAAGUCUGGUGCAGCUCAAGUUUCUUGUUAAGCCCUGGUUAAUUCUUGGGGAUUUUAACUCUGCUAAUGUUGAAACUCUCAAAAGUUAUGGUUCGAUUUUCACUUGGACCAACAACCAAGAUGGCAACAAACGAAUCUAUUCCAAGAUAGAUCAUGUGUUUGUUAAUGAGGAGUGGCAUGAUGAUUUUCCUAACACUACAGCUCGUUUUAGAUGGGAAGUUAUCUCAGAUCAUUGCUCGUGUGUUGUUUCAGCUACAGCUACGGAGGAAAUUGGGAUCAAACCAUUUCGGUAUUACAAUUUCUGGGCAGAUCAUCAAGAUUUCAAGACCAUAGUGGAGCAGAAUUGGAAGAGACCGAUGGCUGCUAGAGGUCUAAAAGGGGUUUACUUAAAACUUAUGAGAGUGAAGCAUUGUCUCAAGAAAUUUAACCAUGAAUCGAUUGGUGAUAUUGGGAAAACUUAUUGGGAAGCUAAAGCUUGUUACAGUAAGGCUAAACAACAGGCUCAAUCUCAUUCGAGAGACAUGAGUUACCAGGAACAAGAAGCAAAAGCAGCUGCAACUUAUGACAUUCAAGAGAAAAUGUACCAUAAUUUUCUCAGACAGAGGAGCAAAAUUACUUGGUUGCAAAAAGGAGAUUCCAAUACCUCUUAUUUUCAUGCUUGCUUGAAGAAGAGGAAAGUUGAAAGCAGAAUAACAACAUUCACUACAGACCAAGGUAUGAUUAAUGAUAAUUUCUCUGAAGUUGUGGAGCAUUUUCUCAAUCACUUCCGCAGCUAUAUGGGAAGCAGAAGCAAUGUCAAUACCAAGUUAAAAUUGAGUUGUAUAGAGUAG